CUUUCUUCUUAUCAGACACGAGAGAACUAAGUGCCUUAAAGUUCUAAAUGUGUUUGUAAUUCGAUUACAUGAUAAAAGUUGGACUAAUUUGGGAAACAGGAAUAGACGGAGCUAUGAUCGAUACAAUAACUGACUAGUAACAAGACAUGGCGAUCCUCUCUUAUUUGGCUCAGUUUUUGCUCAUGUGUUGGGCGCACUACGUAUCCAGCUCUCCGGAGUUCACAGGCGGAUCACUGAGUUUCACUCUCAAAGAUUUACCCAAUGGGAACGUUCAGGCAAAUGUGGAAUUGAUCACAGGGUGGGUCCUCGGGACGGGGCCGUGUGGACCCAGGUGUUCAGAGGCGGAUGUGGGCGUGUCCACCCAAACGUCAAGGUCACUGGUAGAGCAACAAAACCGCAAUGCCUCGUACUUCGGGAGAUUUAUCGCAGAGUUUCCCUUCCGAGACGGGACGGACCCGUUUAACUCGACAGCGAACAAGAAUCUCACAACGGCGGACAUCACAAGCAAUGUUCAUAAGAAUGUCUCUGAGCUCCUCAUCGCUGCUAAUCAAAGGGGGCUAUGGGAGCAGGAAAUGAUGAAGUUUUCCAUUGAAAUGCCAGUGAAUAAAAGCAUCGAAAUUUUGAGUUUCAUGGGAGACAAUUGGAGGGUCCUCAAAUCCAAUAGCACCGAAAGCCGUUUCUGGUACAAUUCGAACCAAAACCACGUAUUGUCAUGGCAACUUGAAGGCAAAAUACACGACCAACUGCGGAACGAUACAAGGCGUCGAAAUAGUUCACCGAAGGUCCUCACCAAAGCCGUUUAUGUGGUCCCUUUGAAUAAAACGACGUCGUUUAAAAUACCGGCAGUGGAAGCAGACGGGGACUAUUUGCGCUGUUUCGCGGAACGAUUCCAAUCCGUCGGAGGAAUUUCAUCGCUGAAUUAUCCCAAAGGGAUUGUGGUUCAUCAGGAUUGCACCGUAGACAUUGAAGCGACGUCGGGCAACGGUUUCGCUGAUGGAGAUUUCAUAGCAGUCCCCUUACGCAUGGACGAAGAAAAUAACGAAACGUUUUCAUUGGGAAGCGCGUAUCUAUCUGCGCCUGGCGUUUAUCAGAUUAGCUCAAUCCCUAUCCAGUUCCUUGUGCAUAUAAAGCAGGACAUUCGAGCGCCUUCAUUUGUUCACCCUACUUUGCCAGAUGGUCACCGCUUCGAAAUUUACAGCGAAUCCACGUGGAGGGCUUCUAUAUAUGCAUUGCCAUAUGAUAACUCGACGGAUAUUGGAAAGAUCGUUGUAACGUCCCGGAAUCUACACCGCUAUCAGACAACGCCCCUUCAAAUCGACCAUGACGCCAGACCUCACGUGAAAUUCGUUGAGCUGUCGUUCACGCCUGACGCGGACACGUUCGAAAGUGAUAUCAUUUGCAUCAGCGCGGUGGAUUCGAACGGUGUUGAAACGCCUGAGCAACUGUGCUACAUUCUUGAAUUUAAAGAACAAGUAUUUCCCGGAACGCAAGAGCCAUCGAAUGGACCCUAUUUCGUUGAUGUCCCCGAAAUGAAAGAUGUUGUGAAGUGCACUGCAAACUCGACAUGCAUAUUACCAAUAUUUAUAAAGUCAAAAAGUACAGUGAAAAACGUUCGAGUGACUCAGUCCUCAAUGAACUUCACUAAAUUCAAUGACGUCACGAAGAUUCUUCACGACAUCUACAAGACGGAACUUGUGGUACGUCACGGAGUCCCCGGAAGUCAAUAUCUCAUCUGCAUACAGGCUGCGACGAUUUCAGGAGAACAGACGUCUGAGUAUUGCUUUGAUUUCGAAAUUAUUGCACCAGAUCCGUGUACGUUCAACCCAUGCCUGAAUUCUGGGAUAUGUAAGCGACAUAGUUUGGAUUCUGUCAACUUCUCGUGUAACUGCCAGAAGGAAUAUUACGGAACCACGUGCCAAAACGUCAUUGAUCACUGUGAUCCGAAUCCCUGCGCACAUGGGCUAUGUUUCACAAGUAUCAAUCCGUACUACUGCUACUGCUCUGACGACGGGAUCAAUCCGAACGCAUACCAAGGGAACAAUUGCACAACCUUCAAUCCUUGUCUUGAAAACCCAUGCAGGAAGGGCGACGAAUGCGUGCUGCUGAAUAUCGAGUCCCCGCCAGAGGGCUUCUUCUGCAAAGACGUGAACCACAGUUGUGAUUUCGAUGCCAACUCCAUUUGCGGUUGGCAUAAUUUGAAUAUCGACGACAAAUACGAUUGGCUAAUCAACACAACGGGCCACCAAAAUGGCAGUUUAUACAUCAAUGCAACCGAUUUGUCUGGCCACAGAGCUUUGUUACAAAGCAAGGUCAUUGAAGUGAACGCAAAUUCCACCGACUUUUGCCUGAAAUUUGAUUACAAAGUUGACGGUCCGAAUGGUGGGAACCUGAACGUAUACGUGAAGCACGUGCAAGGAUUCAUGCCGUACCAUAUAUGGUCUAGAGGCAGACAGCAAGACUCCGAAUGGAACACAGCCCAAGUAGCCUUCAGUUCUGCGGACAACUUUGUGAUUAUUUUCGAGGGAUACGUCGGUAACCAUGGCAACAACAAUCUCGGUCUGGAUUCUAUCAUAGUCACCGAUGAGAAACACUGCCCCACCCUCCCACCAGAUGCGACAUCCCACACACCGACAAUUAUUGGGUAAUUCGAGCCGAAGUCUUUUGCAGGGAGGGGUCAUACCAUUCUAUUUCCGUUUAGUUAAUUUCAAAAUGAACAUUUUGGCAAUGUGUGGAUAGAAUGAGCAAAUACAGUUUAUAUAACAUAAUAA